ACAAUUUGAAGUGUUUUACAAUAAAAUUUGCCAUAAAUUCUUCAAUUUAUCGAUAAGUUUCAGAUAAGUUUGAGAUAAGUUCGAGUUUAUAAGAAAUCUUAUCGCAUCCUACUUCAGCGCGCUUCAGUUCAGUUCAGUUCAGUGUUCAAUGCGUUUUGUUACUAAUUACGGGCAAAAAAACACCUAUGAAUGUUAAUCUUUAUUUAUUUAUAAAUUAUUUGUUUCAAAAGCGUCUAGUUGUUGUUGUUGUAGCUAUCGCUAAUAUAGCUGUUAUUGUUAAUACUUAAUGGUACAAAUGUUUUUGUUUUAUUAACUGAUAUUUCAAGUGCUGUUCGAUAUUUCGAAUUGACUCAAUAUCCGCCGCGAUUUACGACUAAUUGUUUAGUCUGUUGGCCGCCGUUAACGGACUUAGACGUGUUAAACAAAUACUCCCCGCUAUUAAGUGACUCAAAGGAUAUGUUUUUUGUUUGUUAAUAAAAUUCUUCUCGGUAGAGUUUUUUAUUAAGAGAAUGUGCUAAAAAAAUUAAAGUUUCGAAAGUAUAUACUAGUGUUCAGUAGAAAUCAAUUUACAUUGGAUUGAUGGUCACAAACUAGUGGCUGUGAACUCAAUAUGGCAGAAGAGAAUGAAAAUAAAGGCGGAAAUGACGCUAAUAGCGCCGGCUCCAGUGAUACAACUAAUAUUAACGAUGUCAACGAAAUAAAGGAUGUAACUAAUGAAACCGAUGCAACUGAGAAUAAUGACGCAACUGAUGUUAGUGCUCUAAAAGAAAGAAGUAUGGUACCAGUGGAAGAGAAGACUGCAAAGAGUGAUGACCUCAUUGAGAAAUCAAGUGAAGAUAAUACACUAACCGACCCUAAGAAUGUGUCUGAAGCUGAAGGGCAAGUUAAGAAACUUCCUUAUCCCAAGUCCAUAUUCUUCAUUAUAAGCAACGAAUUCUGUGAACGUUUCAAUUACUAUGGCAUGCGAACUGUCCUUGUACUCUAUUUGAGUCGACAACUUGACUACAGUGAUGAUGCUGCCACCAUUAUUUUCCAUAUAUUCACAAUGGCCGUUUAUUUCCUUUGCGUUUUGGGUGCUAUCAUAUCAGACAGUUGGCUUGGCAAAUUUAAAACGAUUAUGUAUCUCUCGAUGGUGUAUGUUUGUGGAUCGGUAAUGGUUGCUUUGGGUGCAAUGCCGCCUUUGCAUUUACCAGGCGUAACGUUUACGAUGAUCGGUUUAACGUUAAUCGCUCUGGGUUCUGGAGGCAUAAAACCGUGUGUAUCUGCUUUUGGUGGAGAUCAGUUUAAGCUACCCGAACAAGUUAAGCAGAUGACAACGUUUUUCUCUUUGUUCUAUUUCACAAUCAAUUCGGGAUCAUUGAUUUCUACAAGUGUUACACCCAUCCUGCGUGAAGAUGUACAUUGUUUUGGUGAGAAGGAAUGUUAUUCAUUGGCAUUUGGCGUACCAGCGAUUUUGAUGAUUGUGUCAAUAAUUGUAUUUGUGCUUGGCAGACCUUUGUAUAAGAGCAAACCACCAGCAGGCAAUAUGGUUGUUUUGGUCAGCAAAACAAUUGGAAAUGCUAUUUCCACAAAAUGGAAGGAGAAGAAAACUAACCCACGUGAACACUGGCUAGACUAUGCUGACAAGAAAUACGAUAGACAACUUAUCGAAGAUGUGAAGGUUUUAAUGCGUGUUUUGGUAUUGUAUUUGCCUUUACCGGUUUUCUGGGCCCUCUUCGAUCAGCAAGGCUCUCGUUGGACUUUCCAAGCAACGCGUAUGAACGGUGAUAUGGGCUCAUGGGAUAUAAAACCUGAUCAAGUGCAAGUGCUUAAUCCUUUGUUAAUUUUGGUUUUCAUUCCGCUUUAUGAUGUUGCAUUCUAUCCAGCAUUGCGAUUAAUUGGGGUCAGUAGACCAUUGCAAAAACUGACUUUAGGAGGAAUCUUAGCUGGCGUUGCGUUCAUUAUAUCAGCUGUAGUCGAACUUAAUCUGGAGAAUACCUAUCCUGUUCUUCCUAUGCAGAAUAAUGCACAAUUACGUAUUUAUAACGGCAAUUCUUGCAAUUACACUAUUACUACUAACAUACCAGGUCUAAAUAGUUUUGAUCUAAAAGAACGAAAUGUUUAUACAAAUAAGGAUAUAACUGUUAACGGUGUUUUUAAUAUCGAUUUUAAGAUUGAAUCAACCGAUGAUGGUUGCCAAUCCUACACAAAUCAACAAUAUGCCAUGAAGGACAAGAAAGCUUAUUAUUUAUUUUUAGGAAAUAGGAAUAUAUCAACUCCCUUACAUUGGGGCGAGGAUUUUGUAGAGAAACCAUCGAAAGGAAGUCCUUUAGCGCGUACUUUUGCAAACGUAGCCGAGGGCAGUCGAAUUACAUGGAAAACAGCAAAAAAAGAAACUGUUGAACAUCAAGAAGAUGCUUACCAGCAUAACAUAACAGAAUUUAGUAAAGGAGAGUAUAAAGUUCUUGUUGGGGAUAAGGAAAUCUUUCAGACAAGUUUGGAAUUGGGUGGUGUAUAUACCAUUUUAACAACUCAAACGGCAGAUGGCUCAUUCCAAUCAGAAUUAAUUGAAGUGACAGAACCAAAUUCCGUAAACAUUUUGUGGCUUAUACCACAAUAUGUGGUACUUACUUUGGGCGAAGUUAUGUUCUCUGUGACGGGACUUGAAUUUUCUUACUCACAAUCACCAAUUUCAAUGAAAUCUGUACUGCAGGCUUGUUGGUUACUAACAGUUGCAUUUGGUAAUGUUAUUGUAAUUAUUAUAGCCGAAUUGUCUUUGUUCGAUUCACAAGCAAAUGAAUUCUUCCUUUUCGCGGGACUUAUGUUUGUUGAUAUGAUUGUGUUCAUGUUUUUGGCGUACCGAUAUGUGCCAAAUGAUCCUAUGAAGAACGAAGAAACUGAACCAUUGACUAAGGCAAAUCACGAAAUACAGCCACUGGAGGGCGUCGAUAAUAAAGCCAAAGAGACCGAUGAUUAACAUUGGUUAUAGAUUCUAAGUAAAAUAUUUUAUUGUAUAUAUAUAAUAUAAGAAGGAACUUGAUAUUUUUCAUAGUACAUGUAAUAAUUUAUAUCAUUUUGCGUACUUAAAUAGCUAAGCAUCAUGUGUCUUUGUUAUGACAACAUAAUAAAUAUAAAUCUUAAUGAUAAUUAAAAGAG